UGCGCUUCAUACGAAGUGGGGCGCGACCGAGAUAGACACACUCGUUUUGAUUCAUAGAUUUACAAAAGGGCAGCGAAUAUAGUCUGGAUUGAAACGAAACAUCGAAUAGUAUUUGCUCACAAUUUUUGAGAAUACACAAUAAGACAUUACUUGUGAAUGUUACUCUUUGUUGGCUAUGGAAUUUAAAGGACUUCUUCAACCUAAAACAUGGCGUUUGUGUGGACUGCGGUGGCAAGUACUUUUUUCCCUCCUGUAUUUCAGUCAUAUUGUCAGUGGACAAAUCCGGUAUUCUAUUCCGGAGGAGAUGAAGACAGGCUCUCUUAUCGGUAACGUAGCUCAAGACCUGGGGUUAGAUUUGAAACGGCUCCGAGCGGGACGGGCCCGUAUCGUGACCGUAGAAAGCAUUCAGUACACAGAGCUGAAGACAGACAAAGGGAUUCUAGUCGUGAGUGAGAGAAUAGACCGAGAGCAGCUUUGUGGCGACGUCACGCCGUGUAGCUUCAGCUUCGAAAUGAUUCUAGAAAACCCUAUUGAACUGCAUCGUAUUACAGUUGAAAUUCUUGAUGUGAAUGAUCAUGCCCCCACCUUCCAAAAUAGUGACUUAAAAUUGGAAAUCAGUGAGUCAGCCACUAUAGGUGCGCGCUUUAUAUUAGAGAGCGCAGAGGACCCCGACGUAGGCGUUAAUGAUUUACAGAAAUAUGUAUUAACACCAAAUGACAAUUUUGUUUUAAAACAACUUGCCAAUCCAGACGGUAGUAAAUAUGCAGAGAUGGUUCUCCAGAAACCGUUAGACAGAGAGGAGCAUCCUCGUCUCUCUUUAAAGCUAAUCGCUGUAGACGGUGGAAAUCCGCAGAGAUCUGGCACAGUAAAUAUAGAGAUCAAUGUCCUAGAUGCCAAUGACAAUGCGCCUGUGUUUAACCAGUCGGUGUACAGGGCUACUGUGAUGGAAAACGCACCGAAAGGAACCUAUAUUACAACCGUUAAUGCCAGCGAUGCAGACAGUGGAUCAAAUGGACAAAUAACAUACAGUUUUUCAAAAUUGAAGGGGAGCAUAGCGGAUAUAUUUGUCAUAGAUAAGGAUAUAGGAAUCAUAUCCGUUUUGGGGCAUAUCGAUUUUGAAAAAGAUAAGAAAUAUGAUAUUAGAGUAGAAGCUAAAGACCAGGGCGGAUUUACAGACACCAGCCAAAUUGUCAUUGAAGUUAUUGAUGUUAAUGACAAUGCACCAGUCAUAAACGUCAUGUCUUUCUCCAGCCCUGUGUCUGAAGAUGCUCCUCCUGGAACUACGAUAGCCGUUAUAAAUGUAAAAGACGGGGAUUCAGAGAGGAACGGACAGAUUUCAUGCACUACAGAUACUAACCUCCCGUUCAAGAUAAAAUCGUCGAUAACAAGUUAUUACAAUUUGAUCUCUGAUAUAGGGUUUGACAGAGAAACAACACCAGAAUACAACAUAACUAUUACAGCUACAGAUUCUGGUUCGCCUCCUCUCUCUAGCGCCAGGACUUUACAUCUUAGAAUCUCCGACGUAAAUGACAAUGCCCCGUUGUUUCAUCAGAGCUCAUACUCAGCUUACGCCAAAGAGAAUAACUCUCCUGGAAUGUCCAUAUUUACUGUCAGUGCGCUGGACUCUGACUGGAAUCAGAACGCGAGAAUAUCGUACCUCUUGGAGGACACGCAAAUCAGUGGAGCUCCAGUAUCCACGUACAUAACCAUUAACUCUGAAACCGGAGUUUUACAUGCGGUGCGCUCCUUUGAUUAUGAACAAAUAAAACAACUUAAACUCGUAGUUAAGGCGCAAGAUGGAGGCUCUCCUUCACUCAGUAGCAAUGUGAGUGUCAACAUAUUAAUUCAAGAUCAGAACGACAACGUGCCUCAGGUUCUGUACCCAGUCCAGACUAGCAGCUCUCUGGUGGCUGAAAUGGUGCCUCGUUCAGCAGAUGUGGGCUAUCUUGUAACUAAAGUGGUGGCUGUUGAUGUGGACUCUGGACAGAAUGCCUGGCUUUCUUAUAAACUGCAGAAAACGACAGACAGGGCGCUGUUUGAAGUGGGCUUGCAGAAUGGGGAAAUUAGAACUAUACGCCAAGUCAAUGACAAAGAUGCUGUGAAACAAAGGCUCACUGUUGUAGUGGAGGACAACGGGCAGCCCUCUCGUUCAGCUACAGUCAAUGUAAACGUGGCGGUGGCGGACAGCUUCCCUGAAGUGCUCUCGGAGUUCACUGACGUUAUGCACGACAAGGAGUACAAUGACAACCUGACUUUUUACUUGGUCUUGGCUUUGGCUGUAGUCUCAUUUCUGUUCAUCACGUGUUUAGUUGUUAUUAUAUCAGUGAAAAUAUACAGAUGGAGACAGUCUCGCAUCCUCUAUCAUUCCAACCUCCCGGUUAUUCCGUAUUAUCCACCGCGUUACGCAGACACUUUGGGGACAGGAACUCUACAGCACGUGUACAAUUACGAGGUGUGCAGGACGACUGACUCCAGAAAGAGUGACUGUCAGUUUGCCAGACCCUGUAGUCAGAACGUACUGAUAAUGGACCCCAGUUCUACAGGGACGAUGCAGCGGAUGCAGAGUGAACAGAACAUCCUGGAUGAACCAGACUCCCCACUAGAAGUGAGUUAAUUGGAGUUUAACAAA